AUGGCUCAUAGGUUGCAAUUAGCUCUAGUUACAGCAUCUAGAGAAGUAAAAGAUGUUCAUCAAUUCUUUGAUCAUUUGGUCAAUAUUAUCAAUAUUGUUGUUGGUUCUAAUAAGCGUAAUGAUGAAUUGCAACAUGCUCAAGGAUAUGAUGGGGCUAGUAACAUGCGUGGUGAAUGGAAUGGAUUACAAGCUCUUUUUCUUAAAGAUUGCCCAUAUGCUUAUUAUGUACAUUGUAUGGCUCAUAGGUUGCAAUUAGCUCUAGUUACAGCAUCUAGAGAAGUAAAAGAUGUUCAUCAAUUCUUUGAUCAUUUGGUCAAUAUUAUCAAUAUUGUUGUUGGUUCUAGUAAGCGUAAUGAUGAAUUGCAACAUGCUCAAGCAGAACAAGUUGAGAAUAUGAUUGCUUUUAAUGAAAUUGAGACUGGAAGAGGUGCAAACCAGAUUGGUACUUUGCAACGAGCUAGAGAUACUAGGUGGGGAUCUCAUUUUCAAUCUAUUUAUAGUUUGAUUAAAAUGUUUGAUGCUACUUGCAAAGUUAUCAACACUAUUUCUGAGGAAGGGGCUAAUUAUAAACAACGCGGUGAUGCCGAGGGAGCUUAUCAGUUGAGAGAUGAUGGAUGGGAGCCUUUACUUGCUAGUGUUAUAUUAUUUUGUGAGCAACAUGAAAUUGAUAUUCUUGAUAUGAAUACUCGUUACACUAAAGGUCGAGGUAGAUAUCGUCGUCAAGAUUACGAUUUAACAAUGGAACAUCAUUUUAGAAUUGGCAUAUUUACAGUUGCAAUAGCCUUUCAAUUGCAAGAAUUGAAAAGUAGAUUUUGUGAGCUAACAACGGAACUUGUCAUUCUUAGUUCAACUUUAAAUCCCAAGGAUGCUUUUAGAUUAUUCAAGAUUGUUGAUAUAUGCAAUUUGGUUAAGAAAUAUUAUCCUCAAGAUUUCACUGAACAUGAACAAGAACUUUUGGAGUCUCAAUUGCAACAUUAUAAGCUUGAUGUGAUAAAACAUCCAGAUUUUCAGAAUAUGAGUACAAUUUCCGAGCUAUGUAGGGGAUUAAAAAUUUCAGGAAAGUCUAAAAUAUAUUUUUUGAUUGAUAGACUUAUUCGUCUUGUGUUGACCCUUCCAGUUUCUACAGCAACUACAGAACGAGCUUUCUUAGCUAUGAAAUUGUUAAAAACAAGACUUCGCAAUAGAAUGGAGGAUGAGCUUUUGGCAGAUAAUAUGAUAGUUUAUAUAGAGAAGGAAAUUGCAGGGAAUUUCACUAUAGAGAUAAUGAUGGAUGAAUUUUAUUCCAUGAAAAAUCGUCGUCAGGCAUGA